AUGCAGGACCUACUAGAUCAGGAGCUCGAACGCAUCGACAAGCUGCCCAAAUUGGGACUUUUUUGGGUGGAGUACAGUGCCUAUGCUCUGGGGGUUAAUAUUGCACCCAGAAAGCGCAGCUCGAAAUACUGUCGAUUAACACGUAUUGCCGUAUUGAUAAUUAACUUGAGUAUCAUCUACAGCCUUGUGGCUUUCAUUAAGGAACACUACAUGAUCUCCUUUGAGACCUACGUUGAGGCAGUUUUACUCACCUUUCAACUGAGUGUUGGUGUGGUUAAAAUGUUUCACUUUCAGAGUAAGGUGGAAUCCUGUUCCCAGUUGGUGUUUUCAACGGAGGCAGGACAGGUCCUUAAGUCACUGGGACUCUUUGACUUGGAGUUGCCCAAAAAAAAGGAGCUACUAAACUCAUUGAGCUUAAUAUUGCUCAACAACUGGCUGAUCAUCGAUCGACAGGUGAUGUUCUUCUACAAGAUCGUCUGCAUGCCUGUGUUGUACUACACAAUGAGACCCUAUUUCCAAUACAUCUUCGACUGCUAUAUCAUUAAGGAUACCUGUGAAAUGACUCUGACUUACCCAGCAAUUGUUCCUUAUGUGCAACUGGGAAAGUAUGAAUUUCCUUCCUAUGUGAUUCGCUUCUUUCUACUGCAAUCUGGUCCUCUUUGGUGCUUUUUCGCCGUGUUUGGUUUUAACAGCCUUUUUGUGGUGCUCACUAGAUAUGAGUCUGGUCUUAUACAAGUUUUAGGGUUUCUGGUUCAGAAUUCAACCUCCGAUAAGCUGGUUCCCAAGGACCAGAGAGUAAAAUAUCUUAGAUGUUGCGUUAGACUCUUUGCUCGCAUCUCAAGCCAUCAUUACCAAAUAGAAAAUCUCUUUAAAUACAUUAUUCUUGUUCAGUGCUGCGUAAGCAGUAUCUUGAUCUGCAUGCUGCUUUACAAAAUCAGCACAGUGUUGGAAGUUGGUUGGGUGUGGAUGGGUAUGAUUAUGGUGUACUUUGUGACCAUAGCUUUGGAGAUCACCUUGUACAACGUGAGCGCACAAAAAGUGGAGUCGCAGAGUGAACUGCUGUUCUAUGAUUGGUACAACUGUAAAUGGUAUAAUGAGUCCAAGGAAUUCAAGUUUAUGAUCAAAAUGAUGUUGCUUUUCACACGACGAACUUUUGUUUUGAGCGUGGGCGGAUUUACAAGUCUCUCCCACAAAUUCCUGGUGCAGGUGUUCCGACUGAGCGCCAAUUUCUUUCUGCUACUGCGAAACAUGAACAACAAAUAGAUUAAAGUUGGCUUAUAAAAAAUUACAACGUUGGAAAAGUUAUAUUUUGAAGAAAAACUCUUUAAGCGACUUAUACACAAAGAUACAUGGUAAUUGUAUUGGCACAUUAAACGUAGAUGACAAUUAUGUUAAUAUAUAGGUGUUUAGAAUAGAUUUUAGGUGGAGCUACGGCAGAGAUAGAAAAAUGCGAUUGGAUUAUCGGAUUGGAAAGUGUUUUGCUUUAGUGGUUCUUUAACAUAUAAUACAGUCCGUGGCUGGCUUGAAACUGGUGAA